UUUACAGUGCCUCCGAGAUACGAUUGGCCACGUGAUACCUAAGGAAGGCAUUUGCAUAAUUUCUGACCGACAUCUCGGUAUCAAAAACGCCAUUGCAAACUGGCCUAGAAGGGAAGAUGGAAGUACACCAGUAUUUCAUAGAUAUUGCCUUCGACAUGUUGUUAGCAACUUCAACACCCAUUUUCAGAACUCAACUCUAAAGUCAACGGCGUUGAAAGCGGGAUAUGCUACUCAGGUGGAAAUUGAGGCCAUUAGGAAUAAGAAGAAGGUGACGGGGAAGGAUGGCAAGGAAAAGAAUCAAGAUUAUCUUCCAUACACAUACCUAAUGGGCGAGUCUGUGGAUAUGUGGAGCCAGUCACAUGAUGGUGGGAGACGUUUUGGGGCAAUGACAACCAAUAUAUCAGAGUGUUUCAAUGGUGUACUAAAAGGUGCACGAGGUCUUCCUAUUGCCGCAUUAGUUGAGUUCACUUGGAACAAACUUGUUCAAUAUUUCCAUGACCGGCGUAAAGAAUACCAUUUUGAGUUCUCAGAGGGUAAGAAAUGGAGUGAAUAUGCCAAUCGUACGUGGGAUGCAAAUAAGUGUAAAUCCGAGAAACAUUAUCUCAAGCCAUUUAGCAAUGAAGAGCUGAUAUUUCAAGUAGUUACCCAACUCAACACAUGUAGCGCAGGAGGGGGAAACCACAGUUAUGAAGUUCGGUUACAGGAAAAAAAAUGCAGUUGUGGGAAAUGGCAAAACAUAGGGAUCCCCUGUUCACAUGCAAUUAGAGUAUGUGACUAUUUACAUAUUGAUUCGACCGCAUAUAUUCACCCAUGUUAUGGCUUGAACAAUGCCCUUAACACUUAUGAGCAUGCAUUUGUGAUUCCAAAGUCGCAGUCGUUGUGGCGGGAUCCCAUAGGGCCAAAGUGGUUGCCUAAUCCAGCAUUGUUGCGGGCUAAAGGUCGACCAGUGAAGUCGAGAAUAAGGAAUGAGAUGGAUGGGGUAAGGAAUAAGAAUCGAGAACCGGGAUGGCGGAGGGAGGAUGCAGAUUUCAUAGAGAGUCAACCCAAGCAGACAUGUGGACUGUGUCAUGUUUCCGGGCAUAACCGCAGAAAAUGUCCGCAGUCCCGUGGCGCUUCCACCAGCGGUCAUGUUCCAGACUAGGCAUGCUUCCAUGGAUGACGUUUUUGUCAUGUGGACCGACGAUCUUAGGAAAAGUGACUACGUUGUAUUGGCUAUGUGAACUUUUUGGCUUUUGUUGAAUGUACUUGUAAUUCUUAAUCCAAUGUACCUUUAUGAAGAUUGUGAUUUGAGUAGUAUGGUUAGAACUGCAAAUUAAGCGUGGUUGGGCAUGUUUAGAAUUCACAGAAUUAAGAAUGUCUUUCUGCUGCGAUGUAGGUGCAUUUCCAUUGUAAAACCCUGUUUAUGCAGAGACUGUAAAAUUUUCUAUAGUUUGGUCCCUAUUGAGAGCACGUUUCGAUGUAAUUUAAGUGCAUUUACAUUCUCGGCUUCUCUGCCUCUCAAUGACUGUUUAUAGAUCACAUUCUCAGCAAUUUUCCCGUUUCUGCUUUACCUAUCAGCAGUAUUGUAUGUACAGAGG